UGUUGACUUGGACUUUCUAAAUGACAGGCUGUUUAACCGAGUUGAGUGCUACAGUGCAGAAUUUAAAGAGUUUAGCUCUUGCUCGGGCGGCAGAUCUUCCACUGCGCCCCCUGCUAUAUGCGAGUGGAACUGCAGCCGCGGUCGCAGGAGUUUAUUAUUAUAUUAUGAAGCGUGGCGACGGGGAGAGAACAGCGGACACAACUCUCACCGAGGACCCAGUACAGACCCAGCUCUCUGCAGUAGAUGUUUCUUUGCUGGAUCCAGGCUUGAUGUCUGAUGUGGAUGGAGUCCAUGUCACACAGACUGACAGCGCUGUCCCUCAGGAGUCUCUUAGCGAGGCUGGGGAGAAGAAUCAGAAGGUGGAGGUGUCCAGUGCUCCGGUGCACAGCAAGAGGUCCAACCUGGAGGACAGAGUGAGGGAGCUGGAGGAACUGCUUUGUGAGGCACACAGAGAGUGUGAGAGAAAAACCAAGGAGUGUGAGCGGGAGCAGGAGGCUCACAAUAUAAUGAAGUUACAGUACGAUGAGAUGAAGGAAACAUCACAUAAUGCGGCGUCACUAAAGGUCUCUCUGGCUGAAACUGAAAGGAAAUAUGAGCAGGUGAUGGAGUCCAAUGCUCAGCUGAAGAAUGAGAACUCUGACCUGGUGUCAGAGGUGAACACACUGCAAGACUCAUUGCAGGAUUUGGGCAUCCUGCUCUCUGAGACACACACGGAGUGUGCUGAGGCAGUGAGGUCAUAUGAGUCGGAGCUGAACCUUCGCAAAUAUGUGCAGUCCGAGUACGAUAAGAGGGAGGAAAACUGUAAUAAGAAAAUCAGCACACUAAGGGUCACGCUUGUUGCAGCUGAUAGGCAAUACGAGCAGGCGAUGGAGUCCAUUGCUCAGCUGGAGAAGGAGAACUCCAAGCUGAUGUCCGACGUGAAGACACUGCAAGACUCGAUGCUGGAGUUGGACGAAGAGCUAUCUGUGACCCGGAUAAGGUGUAAUGAGAUAAUAAGAGAGUGUGAGGGAAAAACCUGGGAGUUGGGCAUGCUGCAGUCUGAUUGCAAUGAGAUGAAGGAAACUUUACUAAAGGAGUGUGAGAAAGAGCCGGAGAUUCACCGUAUGCUGCUGUCACAAAACGAUGAGUUGAAGAAGUUGUUAAAUCAGAAGGAGGAGCUACUUAAGGUCUCUCUGGCUGAAGCUGAGAGGAAAUGUGAGCAGGCGAUGGAGCACAAUGCUCAGCUGGAGAAUGAGAACUCCAACCUGAUGUCCCAGGUGAAUACACUGCAAGGUUCAGUUCAGCAGCUGGAGGAAGAGGUCUCUGAGACACACAGGAAGUGUGAAGAGAUAAAGAGAGAGUAUGAGCGGGAGGCACAGUUCAAAGAGAUGAGGGCAACUUUAGAACAGUGCAAUGUGUUACUAAAGGAGUGUGCGCGAGAGAGGGAAGCUCACAGUGUCCUGAAGUUGCAGCACUCUCAAGUGACUUUAACACACACUGAGGAGUCACUAAAGGUAUCUUUAGCUGAAGCCGAGAGGAAAUAUGAGCAGGUAAAGGAGACCAACACUCGUGUGGAGAAUGAGAAGUCGGUUCUGGUGUCCAAGGUGAACCAACUGCAAGACACAGUGCGGGGGUUGACUACACUGCUCGCUCAGACAUACAAGAAGUGUACUAAGGCACUGAGUGUAUGUGCCAUAGCGAAAGGCGUUGCUGAUUUUGUGGAGUCCGAGGCCACAAAGCGGGUGACGUUUUUAAUUCAGACAAAAAAAUCACUUGAGGUCGCGCUGGCUGAAGCUGAGCAGAAAUUUGAGAGGGCAAAGGUGGAAAUUACUCAGCUGGAAAAUAAUAAGGCUGAAAUAGAAUCUAAUAUACGUACAUUGCUAGACAUGGCGAGUGACUCAGCGGAACAGCUUUGUGAGACCAGGAGAAGGUGUGAUGAGGUCACAAGGGAGUGUGCGCAAAAAACUCGGGAUUUGAGGAAGCUAGAGUCCAAGUGGAAUUUGUUGAAUGAAACUGUACUAAAGGAUUAUGAGGCAGGGUGUGUAGCUCACGGUGUCCUGAGGGUACAGUACAAUGAGCUGAAGGAACAGCAUGAGGAGUUACUAAAGGAGUGUGAGAGAGAGAGGGAGGCCCAUAGUGUCCUGAAGUCUCAGUAUGAUCAGAUGAAGGAAACUUCAAUGCAAUCAAAUGCUCAGCUGGAGAACGAGAAAUCAGACCUGAUGUACCACGUGCAUAAACUGGGAGGCAGAGUGCAGCAGCUGGAGGAACUGCUGUAUGAGGCAGACAUGACCUGUGGUGCUAUAAAGCAGGAGUGUAAGCGUGAGCGGGAAACUCACAGUGACCUGAAGUUGUCGUAUGAUGAAAUGAAGGAAACUCAAUCACACAACAAGGAGUCACUAAGAGUCACUGUGGCUGAAGCUGAAGGGAAAUAUGGGCCAGCGAUCAAGUCCAGUGCUCAGCUGGACAGUGAGAAGUCUGACCUGAUGUCCCAGGUGAACACACCGUGAAGCUCAGUGCAGCAGCUGGAGGAAGAGG